AUGAACACCCUCCCCACCUUUCCCCUCUCCACCCUCGUCCCCCUCACCGGCACCGACUCCAUCAACUUCGAGCUCUGGUACACCACGCUCCGCGACUUUCUCGCAGCGGACAACCUGCUCAUGUUCAUCGAGUACGAGUUCCCGGAGCCCGACUGGACCGAGGACGUGUGGCUGCACGAGUGUUGGCGACGGGGAAGGGCGCAGGCCAAGUUUAUUUUGUCGUUGACCAUUCGGGAUCCGUACGUGAGGAGCGUGUUGUAUGCGAGGGGCUGGAACUCGUAUGAGCCGAGCCCGAAGGCGGUUUAUGAUUUGAUUUGGGAUAUCUGGGGACGGGAGUUUGCUUAUUGA